AUGCGUCUUGCUGCAUUUGCAUCGCUAAUAGUGGCGUUUUCUGCUACAAUUGAAGCCAAUCAAGAUGGCACAGCGUGCAACCUUGCAUGUGCCAAGGGCGAGACGUGCGAACUGAAAACAGUUCAGUGCAUCACUGCGCCUUGUGACCCUGUACCUACGUGUGUCCCGAUAAAAGGUUAUCCUUCUGAACCGGUGUGUACGAAAGUAUGUCCCACGAACGAGGUGUGCCAGAUCGACGCGGUCAGCCAUGAACAGCUUUGCUUUAACCCCUGUGCCGUCACACUCUGCAUCGAGGGCACCACUUGCGUCGUUGAACAAGUGCAAUGCAUCCGAGCCCCGUGCCCACCACUUGCUGUUUGCAAGCCGAACAAGAAGUGCGAUGAUUCCUAUGGCAGAGCUCUUCGCGAACGUAUUGAAGAUUAA